UGUAAGUGUAAAAAGUUGUCAGGAUGUUAACAAUAAAAAGAGGAAGUAUGUUAGUUAAGCAGUUCUAGCAACACGUCUGGAAAUGUCAUGAUAUAUUUUCUGGAACCCUGCUACUUACUUUAAGCAACCGCAAAAAAAAACAAAAAACAAAAACAAAACAACUUCAAUAACAAUUAUACACCCCCAGUCCAUUGCAUACACCAUCCUCUUAAAUAACUUGCAAUUUAUCAUACUGCAGGUUAAGCUCACUAGAGUUAAUGUGAACCACUUCCACACUCCACAAAAUUUCCAACUACUGUAGAUCUCAGAAGUAAAUUUAAUUUUGACUUCUUCCAAAAAUGUUUUCUUUUUUUUUUCAUCUUAAGUGCCAUACAGAUAGUUUUUUUUCUCUAAAUCAGGACCUCUGCACCCAGCAAGACAGAACAUAGAUAGGAUAGACUAAACUGUGACUGUUUGUUAACCGCUACAGAUCUGUGGAACCACUGGUGAAUGCAAACACGAUUAAUUCUAUGGGUUAUAGUAUUACUAUAUAAUGGGGGGGAGGUCUUAUUAUAUCAGAUGAUUCUGUGGCUGGCUGAAUAUAUACAGAAUAUAUACAAAAUACUUCAUUAUGUUGUAUAAUGGGGUGGUGUACUUUAUAGGUUAAUACUGUAAGCAAUGAAGCUAGGUUGAUGUGGUAUAUCUUUGUAGUGUAUUAACAACCUCUAUAGCUUGUAAUACAGAAAUAAUUUAUUGCAUAGUUAUAAUCUGUAAGAGCUUUCAUUACUGAAGUAGGCCAGGUCAUAAUGUAGCUCACGGAGACAGCUUAAUCUGUGAACAUAUUCAAUGUUUUUACUGGACAAUCACUUUGACUAACUUAUACAUUUUUUAGCCUAGGUAUGGAUAUAGGCUCCACAAUGGAAACAAGUACAGAGUACGUCUACAUCUAUUCUGAAGAUGAGUUUGACUACAACAGUUCAUCAGAACAUGCUCCAUGUAUUAAGGACAACAUUGGGUCUACCUUCCUCCCAACAGUCUACUCCUUACUGUUUGUGACAGGACUUAUAGGGAAUGCUCUUGUUUUGUGGGUAUUGAUCAGAGAUGUAAAACUAAGGAGCAUGACUGAUGUUUCUCUUCUGAAUUUGGCAGUUUCCGAUUUGUUGUUUGUUUUCUCACUUCCAUUCCUGGCAUAUUAUGCAAAAGAUCAGUGGCUUUUUGGGGAUGUGAUGUGUAAAAUAAUCCUAGGGUGUUACAGUAUUGGCUUCUACAGUGGUAUCUUUUUUGUAACCCUGAUGAGCAUAGACAGGUAUCUUGCAAUAGUCCAUGCAGUGUAUGCACUAAGAACUAGAACAGUGAAGUAUGGCACCAUUGCAAGCAUUGUGGUUUGGAUAACAUCUGUCUUGGUUUCAUUUCCAGAGAUAACAUACAAUCAAGAGAUCACUGACAACAUAACCACAUGCAGAGCUAAUUAUCCAGAUUCCAAUAUAAAAACCCUGAAAGCACUUCAUAUUUUUAAAAUGAAUGUACUGGGGCUGCUGAUCCCAUUUGGCAUCAUGGUUUUCUGUUAUUCAUGUAUCAUAAAAAGAUUACUGAGUUGCAGAUCCGUCAAAAAGCAAACCAUUAAACUUGUUUUUUUAGUAGUCAUAGUAUUUUUCUUUUUCUGGACUCCAUAUAAUAUUGUUUCCUUUUUGGAUGCUUUACAGGUCUUUCAUGUAUUUGAUGAUUGUGAAACAAAUAAGAGACUUGACUUAAGCCUUCAAGUCACAGAGUCAAUAGCCUAUGUCCACAGUUGUUUGAACCCAUUGAUCUAUGUGUUUGCUGGAGAAAAGUUUAAGAAGCACCUCUCCAGACUGCUACUCAGAUUUAUAAACUGUAAGACAUUAAGAGAUUUGCAACCGACCACUAGUUCAGUGUACUCAAGAUCAACCAGCAUAAUUGAACAUUCCUCUGCCAUAUACAAUUGAAUUAUCCUUGUAUAGUAUAUUUCCCCCAAUAUCUUUGAUGGAAUCAUAAGAAUGUAACUGAUUUUAGUUAAAAUUUAAUUAAAGUAAUUUAAAAUGCUUCAGUGCAUGAAAUAUAGUUUAUUACAUAUGGAUAUAAAGUUUUCGGUGUAAUUUUGUAAUUAGAACUAGAUGAAAAAGUAAUUUUAAAUCGGUAUCUGAGUACUAAAAAAAAGAACUGUACACUAUAGCCUAUACUGGAAAAGAUACAGCCCCGUUAUCCUUGACCCUCCAAGUCCAAAUCUAGAUGUCCUGAGAAAUCUACACUGGUCAUACAAUGUAAGAGAGUGGUUUCAAAAUGAGUUUCAAGUCUGAGUGGUACUGUAAAUACCAUCAUCUUCAGAAUAUAAUAUGUCCCCAAUGUAUUGUAUAUUAUAUACAUGACUGCAUAGUUUAAUUUAACAUCCCUUGUACUGUAUAACUCAAACCCGUUUUAAAAAGCUCAGAGGGAAAAUCAAGUAGAAUCAAUCAUAUUUCAAACAUUGUUUAUAGUAUAAUCGACAUUAUCCAGGUAUCAAUUAAGCAUAAUCUUGUUCAAGAGUUGUAUUUUUUUCUCAAAUAUAAAUGAAGGCUCAACUGUAGACAGCUACAAGAAAAAUGUUUGUGUUCAUGUAGGUUCUAACUAAUGAUGUAAAUACUGUAAUGUUCAGAAAACUGCAAUGGCUGUAACUGCACAGUAUAUACUUACUGUUUUUGGAGAUAAUAAAAGUGUACUGAACUAACUGCUGAUUAAAAAUUGACCUGUUUUCAUUGUAAAUAUAAACUCAAUGUAAUUCCACCUGUUUGUAAGAUUUUUUUCAUUUUUAUACAUUGUGGUAAAUAUGUGUUGUGUUUUUUAUGUCUCAGCAAAGCUGUAUUUGUAUUGUAGGAAAAAAAAAAAACACACUUUUGCAGUAAUAUCAGUGUAUAAAAAAGAUUAUUUCAUUUUCUGGCCUAACAAUAAAGCUGAUUUGGCAUUUCACAAUUUCCGUUGAACCACUAUUCACAAACCACACAAAUACACUGCUUACUGUUGCUAAACAGUACUGAUAUGUCAAGUAAUAAACUUGAUAUACUGAGGUAGUUCAAUUUAAAUCAGAAGGUUAAAGGGUUGCCUAACACAAAAAUGUUGGGUGUUUGAUGUUUAAGAAACUAUUACUAUGUGACUGAAAUUACUUCUUACAUUACCAAACAAUAAGAUGAGGACAACCCUCCCGUUUACAUUAAAAUACCCCAACUGAAUAACUGCCCGAUAUAGUUGUUGAAACAGUGGGUGUUUCCAUUUCUGUCUCCAAAAAUGAUUCACUUCAACCAGGGCCUAAGACAUCUUAAGGUCAUUUUUAUAUUUAUUCCUGCACUUAACCCAAUCUGUAGUAUCUUGUAUUUCACUUGCACUCGU